AUGAGUAACCCACUUGUGGUAAACAUCAACAACCUGGCGGCGUACACGCCCGCGGAGACGAUAGAACUCAUCUCCAGGAUUGGUGUCAGGAAGGGAAACAUGCGGCCUGACAAGGUCUUCCUUUCCGCAGUCUCUGCUGGCUGCCUCCUCUCCUUUGGCUGUGCCGUCUCCCUCACUGCCAUGACAGCCCCUUGGUAUCAAGAGAAUGCCCCUGGCCUCAUCAAAUUGAUAGGGGCUGGAGUCUUCCCCCUGGGCCUGGUGAUGGUUGUGCUCACCGGAGCUGACCUGUUCACCGCAACCACCAUGUUUACAAUGACAUCUGUUCUCCACGGCCGGCUUCCGGCCCGAAAGAUGCUGCUCCACUGGUUCCUUUGCUUUUUCGGGAACCUCGCAGGCUCGCUGUUUGUCAUGGCCAUUAUCAUGGGAUAUGGCGGUGUUUUCGAUGCUUCUCCCUACAAGGAAGAGGUGAUUUCUUUCACAACCAAGAAGCAAAUAACCCCGCAGUUGCAUCAGAUCUUCCUGCGAGGCAUAGGCUGCAACUGGCUCGUGUGUCUGGCCGUCUUCCUCGGAACUCAGGCAAAGGAUUUGAGCUCAAAGGUCAUCGGAAUGUGGUGGCCCAUCUUUGCAUUCGUGUCUUUGGGACUUGACCACGUUGUCGCUAACAUGUUCUACAUGCCAAUGGGCAUCUGGCUGCACACUCCCGGGCUGGAUGUUGGCCUGUACAUCUGGAAGGGCAUCAUCCCUGCAACCUUGGGAAACAUCCUCGGGGGCGGUCUGUUCGUUGCCGCGUACUACUGGUACAUGUACCUCUGUAUGGAAGCCCCUGUCAAGAUCGACGGCGUUGAGUAUCAGGGGCCUCAUGUGGACACUCACUCUCACCUGCAUUUCCUCGACGGCAGGAGAAAGAGCGCUGCGACAGAUGAGGAGAGUAGAAUCGAGACGAGGCACGUCUCCGUCUCUCACAGCACCAAGUAA